AGCGAUAGCGUCAUCACACGCAUUGUUGUUAUUGAUUGCUGCCAAGGAUGCGAAUUUUAAUGUGACUAGAGGCUCAGCAACUGGUGCAGCUAGACGGCAAGAAGCUCUGUGCUUCUGAUGUUGUGUGUUUGUAAUUCUUGCAAGAAGACCCCGAGGCUAGUGUUAAUUUGCCUUUCUGAAGAAAGAUUAAUCCUAUUUAGUGUAUAAUAAUCUAAGAAAGAAAGGUUUGCAUUUUGGACUUGAAGGAGAGAUUUCAAAAUUGAUAUGAUGAUGUUUACAUAAUGUGCUGGAUGUUACAUCAUUUAUUGCAAUCUCGUUGACUGGUUGUUAACUAUGGGUUCCAGCUCAUCAUCUAGUAUUUUACCUAAAUUUCAAUCUCUUCAUGUUGUCCUUAUUGGACUUGACUAUUCUGGAAAGACUACGGUACUUUACCGCUAUAAACUUGAUGAAUUUAUCAACACUGUACCGACUAUAGGGUUCAAUUCGGAGAAAAUAAAAUCAAAAUGUGGGAAAACCAAAGGACUUAGCUUCCGCUUCUGGGAUGCCGGUGGAAGCGAGAAGCUCCGCCCGCUAUGGAAAUCGUACACACGUAAUACCGAUGGAAUUAUAUUUGUUGUUGAUAGUUGCGAUAUGGAACGAUUGGAUGAAGCACGUUGCGAGCUUCAACGAGUGACUACAUGUCGGGAAAACCUUGGUGUUCCAUUGUUGAUUAUUGCGAACAAGCAGGAUUUACCGGAGGCAAUAGCAGUUGAUCACCUUGAACAAGAGCUGAAGUUAAAGGACAUCCGUAACCAUUGUCCAGUUCAUCUUCAGUCAGCAUGUGCAAUUACUGGUGAGGGUUUAACUGAAGGACUUGAUGCAUUGUAUGCCAUCAUUCAAAAGAAGAAAAAAGCUGCAAAACAGCAGAAGAAGUUAGGAAGGUGAUGCUGUGAAUUAUAUUGGAGAAUCACCGCUGCAGUGCUAUGAAUGCUUCGGAUUGGAGUUAGUGCCAAAUAUUGACCAGACGCAUUCAGAAUCUAUGAUUUAAAAAAGGGAACAUGCUUGCAAUGCAUGAUGGGUUACUGCUGAAGAGCAAAUAUGACAAGUUGUUUGAUCAGUUUAUGAAGAACCACCAACACUGUCAUAAAAAAUACCCUGCACUGUUUAUUGUAUUUAAACACAUGACUAAUUCACACACACGCAUUAAAACUUCAGUGCCGCAUGCACUGAUUCCAUGCCAAUAUUUAUUCUAUUAGAAAUAAGUAAUUUACAUAUUCCAAAUCAUAUUGUACAGUAGUAAAUUAAUGUGCAUUAUAUUUAAUUAGAAAACAUUCAAUAGAAAAAUACUCAAUGGAGUAUUAUAAUGAUGUGUACAUUCUGCACACAUCUUUCACAGCCAUUUAGCUCUGUUGGCAUUUUGAGAUUUUAAUCAGCCAUAAAUUACAAAAAUAAUCAAUACUUGCAGUGGAAUGGCUAUAGCCAGAAAUUAGAAUGAUGUUGCUCCAGAAUUGGAUACUAAAUUACAGUUUACAGUCUACUCUCCUAUAGUGACCCAAUCCAUCAGUUAAUAGGAUUCAGAAAGUCGAACAACAUAUUCGUAUUUGUUUCUGACAUCUGACCUGCAAUUAAACUGUACAGUAACUACUGUACCUAGAAAAUCGGACGGUAGGAAAGUAAGAUUUAUCAGGUUGCAGGAAAAUACUGAUAUUUCAAAGAAAAUAGUCAUUAAAAAUAUGUUUAUGGUGCACAACUCUUGGUGAAUGAUUGGAGUUGGCUGUAAUUUUAUGGGGGAAAUCGGUCAGAAUUACCUUUAAAAUGUGCUAAUAUAUACAGUAGUUCAGUAGUUAUGGAACAGUUUUGGUAGCAGUUAAAAAUAAGAUUUUAUUGUUUUUACUUUAGAUGUGACGAUCGGUUUGAUGUGGACAAUCAGUAAGAAGGUGGGGUAGGGCAAAGCUGUUUUUGGACAGUUUCUAUGUGUUUUUAGAUGUUUUUGGUAGGUUGAUGUCAUAAAGUUUGAGUUAGGUUGUCUGAACAUGGUCUGAGUAAAUUCCAACAAAAUAGCAUGAUUUAUAUUCAUUGGGCAACUGACCUUAACUACUGUAUGAUGAAUUCAUGAACUUUUUCUUAAGGAAGGUACUGGUAAACCCAUUCAUUUUUUACCCAAGAGGCUGGUCUACUGUGGGAUCUGGCAUACAGCAUCUCCUAUUUUAUGUCAAUAAAAAAAUUCUAUAUUUAUCAAAAAUUGAUUAAAAUUGGCUUCUUAGUUUCAUAAAUUCUCCAGCAAUCUAUUUUGCUAUUUAAUUUUUUUGUAACAGUACAUGCCAUAAUACCAUUGUAUAGUAUUUUACAUGCUAUAGUACCAUUGUAUAGUAUUUUACAUGCUACAGUACCACAGUUACUGUAUUUUACAUGCUAAAACCACAGUACAAUAUUUAACAUGCUAUAAUAAUAUUUAGUAUAGUAUUUUACAUGCUAAUAGUAGAGUACUGUACUUUGAUAUUCAGAUAUGAAAGUCCACCUCACCAGGCUAUAUUUAAUUACUGGUUUAUGGUACAUGUAAUGCCGGACAAUAGGAUGACAUUUCUAAUUUAUCAUAUCUGAUAAGUGACAUCGAUGUGUGUUGAUUGUGGAGAUGAUGACACGAAGAACGAUGUGUAUUAAGGUUUAUUUUUAGGGACUGAAAAUUCAAAAUAGUUGCCUUAAGCAUGUGAGUAAUUAAAAACUCCAUGAGUCAUGCAAGCAUAGAUUAGUAUGGAACUAUUGCGGUGAGAAGUCUGAAUUGGAGAAUGAUUAUUAACUAACGUGAACUAAAUUUCUUGACAUUAAUUGAAAAAAACCUCUGAAAUUAUCCAGACUGUGCAAUCUUUUGUGGAAUUUGUGUGUUAGUGGUAAUUGUAUGGAAGACAGAUCAGUUGUCAAUACCUUCCAUGUAUUUAUUGAUACCUCACUAUUCUUUACUGUACAGGUGAAUUUUGAAGAACAAGUUGUUCUUGUCAAAAUCUCUUUGACUAUUAAAAUUUACCACAGAGUGUAAGAAUUGUAGAGGAAAGGCUUUAAUGGGUAAAGUGUAUUGUGUGCAUAGCAGCUGUAGCGGACCUCAUUUGGGGAAUUUGUGACCUAAUGAAUGGUUGUUUGUACAGGCUUAGCACAACUUUGAUUGGAAAAGAUAAUGUACAGCUUAACCACAAUUAUGUGGAUUUCAACAUGUAAUGUAUUGUACACUGUGCUUGAAAUUUUAGUUAAUCCUCAAUUUUGAUAAUGAUUUUCAAGGUAAAAGACCCUGAAUUGUGAGCCCAAUGUGCACUGUGAUAUCAUCAAAAAAUGUUCAGAUUUUGAAACUGAUUUAAUUUUUACUUCCAAUAAUAUUAAACCAGAAAAUGAUUUGUUUUAUUUCAACAAGAUCUAUUUUACAUUAUAAAAUAUAAGAGAUUUAAAAGUACAUUAACACCAGAAAAUACAUACAAAUUUGUGUUUUCGUCAUACCUUGUAACUUAUUAUAGAAUAUACUGUAGAAUUGAAUAGUCUUUCUCUAGUACAAAGGAAUACUUACUGUAGGAGGGAUAGGUUGGACAUUUUUGUUGUUUUCAAUCUCUUCAUAAAGUGUUUGGUUCAUUCCCUGUGAUAAUAGACUUGAAGAAUUUUUAGCUGUACAGUAGCCAUUCAUUACACCAAGUUUGACAUUUAAUUUGUUUCAUUCUAUUGUACCAUAUUCCAUCUGGUUGAUCAGUAUCUCCAGGUAAUUUGCUAUUCUCAUUCCCCAAAUCACUUGCACUAUAUUCCUUAUUUUUUAAAGUAAUAAAGUUGGGAAAAGAUAUUUAAAAUAUUUCCUCCCUACUUCCCACCUAUCUUUUUUCAUAUUUUGAAUUAACUUUUGUUGUGUCCAUUCAUUUUAUUUUAUUGAUAUCAUUUGAGUUUCCAAUUAUUCUUUCAAACCUCAAUUUUAAAUAAUGAAAGUGUAUUUAUCUACAAAACAUGCUUAAAAUUCAUGUAUGGUAUUCAUGUACUGCAAUAUUUUAUAUUACUUUAAGUUGAAAGUGUAGUUUGUUUUAUGGUAAAGUAUGCCAUUUAAAAUUCACUAUAAAAAUUGUCUGAUCUGCAUUAAUAAACUAUACUGUAUUUAACUUUCAAAAUCUAAAUUUCAUUAUAUUUUCGUUGAGUGUUUUAAUGUUAUUCAGGUUGGUGUAAAAGUCAGUAUCGGGCUUUUAGUAGGGAGGUUUCACAAAGCAUUUAUACUGUAACAUUGUCUGCUGACUUCAUGUGCGUACAAUAUUUAUAUCAAAUAAACUGUUAUUCCAUUACGUAUUGUAUGCUAAAACCUCCCUUCUAGAGAAUGUUGGCCACACUUCCUAUAAAAGGUAGACACAAGAUCUUAUUUAAAUUAAUCGAUUUUGCUUAAAUUACACAUAAUAUUACUAGUAACAUUUCAUUGUAGCUGACUGUAAGGUGUACAUUUACACACUCAAGCUCUCAGACUUCACAAGUUAGUUAUUGGUCAUCUGGCUUACUGUACAAAAGAAUGUUUAAUCACACCUUCUAAAUAUCUUCAGUGGGUCUAUGUACCAUUACACAUUGUCCCAAAAUGUCUUUUAUACUAUAUAUCCAAACUUAUGGUCUUUGAGAAUUUUUAUGUUUCUUUUUUGUUGUCUUGUUCAGUUUUAAUUCCCACUGAGUACAUGGAAAUGUAAGGUAAAGCACAAUGUGUCACCUUACUAUUCUGUCUUAUAUUUUACAUCUUUUUUAUUUUAUUGAGUUUAAUACAUGAUUUAAUUAUUUAUUUGGGUGUUCCAAGACAAUGGCUGAAAUUCUUCUCAUCACAAUAUAAUAUACACCUAACUAUGUACAAAUAAACAACAAAAAUUGAUGCAAUGACAGGUAAUAAUUGGAAUUAGUUUACAUCUUGUGACUAUUUCAUAUGUUUUUAACAUAAGUUAUUUUCUAUUUUGAUUUAUUGGUUAUGAUAUAUAUUGUUUAGAAAUUGGUUGACAAUAUUCUUAAAUAUUCCACAAUAUGCAUUCAUUCCAUCAUCGAUCCUAUAGGAUUCAUGAUUCCUUGCACAGCCUCUGUGGUUGGAAAUUUGCUUUCCGUAUUAUUCCGAAUUUGACGUGCAUAAUGUGUUUUCAUAAUAAUAUGCUUUCUAGUGGUUGGGCUUUGCUGAUUCAUCCCAAUUCGUAAGAAAUAAUCAAUAUUAUUGUAUAGAUGUCAAGCGAGAAGAACACUUGUUGGUGUAUGGAUGGCAGGAGCCAAUCAGAUUCAUUAUUGGUGUUGUGCUUCAGUAUUGCAUGCAGAUAAUAUUCAGUGCUGUUUGCAGGGAUAUUUCCAUAGUUUUCCCUAGCCAUGCUAAUGAGCCUCGUAGCAAUGAUUAAUUCCAUUUAUAUGUUUGGCUUGAUGUAUUUAACCCUUUCACUAUACAAUUAUCAUAAAUUCAAUUAGUAAUUGUAAUUACCAUGUACACUGCAGUUAUUUAUUUUACUGACAGUAUUCUAAAGUUACACAAUUAAUUGUAUUCCAUAUAUUCUCAUGAUAUUUUAAGUUUAUUUAAUUUCAUUGUAUGAAUGUUGAGGCCAAUUAGAAAAAAAAAAUUGUUUCUCUGUCUCUUCCCUCAACCCAUUUUUGAGCUGCCUAUUUACUUGAGGAAAAAAAUCACAGAAAUCUACUGAUUCAUAAUGUUGAGACUGGGCCUAAGCAUGAGUCAGACUCAAUCUAUUGCACAUGUACAGUUGCAGCAUUAUGUAUGUGUAUGGUGGUGGAUAUGGCCACUUGAAUAAAAAAAAAAGCAACUCAUCCAGGACUAGAAACAUUUUUUUUUUAUAUUUGGCCGAAAUGACUAUCUUCAUCAAGGGAGGAUGUUUAGUUCCUUGGUAUUUUAUUUGAUCGAAUUUACAGUUCAUUGUUUUAACAUUUAAUUUGAAGAGAUGUACAAAAAUUAUAUAAAACUUGUUAUAUAUUAAUUUUGUUUUACAGAUUAGAAUUUUUAAACGAUUAUUAGGGAAAAAAAAAGUAUAUUUUCUGAAUUUGUUACUAACUUAUAAACUCUUUGGAUUUCAACUGGUAUGAACUGGUAUGCUACAUACUGGUAUGAAAUUCAUUAAAACUUCUUUGCACUCCUUUUGGUUGUGUUGAUUGUGUCCAAAUAUAUUUAUUUUUGUGUUUAAUUUCAUGCAUUCUUGCUAUGAAUAAUGAGUAUUUUAAUAGUUUGUCAUGUUCUAUUUGAAAAAUAAAAUACCUUGUUAUAAUGAAUAAUG